CAUCCUGUUCGCAGACAUUGAGGGUUUCACCAGUCUGGCAUCGCAGUGCACGGCGCAGGAGUUGGUGAUGACUCUCAAUGAACUUUUUGCCCGCUUUGAUAAGCUGGCGGCGGAGAACCACUGUCUGCGGAUCAAGAUCCUGGGAGACUGCUACUACUGUGUCUCUGGGCUGCCGGAGGCGAGGGCCGACCACGGCCACUGCUGCGUGGAGAUGGGACUGGACAUGAUAGAAGCCAUCUCGCUGGUUCGAGAGGUGACCGGGGUGAACGUGAACAUGCGCGUUGGGAUCCAUAGUGGCAGGGUGCACUGCGGGGUUCUGGGCCUCAGGAAGUGGCAGUUUGACGUCUGGUCCAAUGAUGUCACGUUAGCGAACCAGAUGGAAGCUGGAGGCAAAGCUGGGCGUAUUCACAUCACCAAGGCCACUCUGAAUUAUCUGAACGGGGACUACGAUGUGGAGCCAGGAGCAGGAGGAGAGAGAAACGCCUACUUGAAGAGGAACAACAUAGAAACCUACCUCAUUGUGGGCUGCAGCCAGAAACGAAAAGAAGAAAAGGCGAUGAUCGCCAAAAUGAGCAGACAAAGAACCAACUCUGUCACCCACAACAGCGGCCACUGGACCGACCGUCCCUUCUACAACCACCUGGGUGUACCCCAGAUCUCCAAGGAGAUGAAGAGGAUGGGCUUUGAGGACCCCAAGGACAAGAACAGUAUUUUCAGGAACACGCAGGAAAACCUGAACCCAGAGGACGAGGUGGACGAGUUCCUAGGACGGGCCAUCGACGCCCGCAGCAUCGACCGGCUACGCUCCGAGCAUGUCAAGAAGUUUCUGCUCACCUUCAGGGAGUCGGACCUGGAGAAGAAGUACUCCAAGCAGGUGGACACCCGGUUCGGAGCGUACGUGGCCUGCGCCUCGCUCGUCUUUCUCUUCAUCUGCUUCAUCCAGAUCGUCAUCGUUCCACGCUCGAGCCUGAUGAUCGGCUUCUUCGUCACCUGCUUCAUCGUCCUGAUGGCGGUCGUGUUCAUCUCAGCCGUGUACUCCUGUUAUGUGAUCUUCCCAGUCCCACUUCAGAGUCUCUCCAAGACAAUAGUCCAGUCCAGACUCAACAGCACCUUAGUCGGCGUCUUCACCACCGUCAUCGUCUUUCUCUCUGCUUUCAUCAAUAUUUUCACCUGCAGCAGUCGGGACCUGCGGCGCUGCAUCACGUCGGAGCUCAACGUGAGCCUGGACAGGGUGAACGCCUGCCACGCCGCCUCGCUCAACCUCAGCCUGGACUCCCAGCACAGCCGCUGUGAAGAGGACGCCCUCGUCUGCAGCUUUCCUGAGUACUUUACUUCCUGCGUGCUGCUGAGCCUGCUGGCCUGCUCAGUCUUCCUGCAGGUCAGCAGCAUCGGGAAACUCUUCCUCAUGCUUUGCAUCGAGCUGCUCUACCUCCUCAUCAUGGAGGUGCCCAAAGUGCAUCUCUUUGACAAUCAGGACCUGCUGGUCAUGGCCAACGCCGUCAGCUUUGACGAGCACAUAAAUGGGACAAGCUGUGUGGUGGACACCAAGGUUCCUCUGAAGAUCAUGACCCCUGUGGUGAUCACAGUGUUCGUCCUCGCCCUUUACCUUCACGCCCAGCAGGUGGAGUCCACAGCCAGGCUCGACUUCCUGUGGAAGCUGCAGGCCACAGAGGAGAAGGAGGAGAUGGAGGAGCUUCAGGCCUACAACCGGCGUCUGCUCCACAACAUCCUGCCCAAAGACGUGGCCGCCCACUUCCUGCAGCAAGAACGGCGCAACGACGAGCUCUACUACCAGUCCUGCGAGUGCGUUGCAGUCAUGUUCGCUUCCAUCAGCAACUUCUCCGAAUUCUACGUGGAGCUGGAGGCCAACAACGAAGGAGUGGAGUGUCUGCGGCUUCUUAAUGAAAUCAUUGCUGACUUUGACGAGAUUAUUAGUGAAGACCAGUUCCGCCAGCUGGAGAAGAUUAAGACCAUCGGCUCCACCUACAUGGCAGCCUCGGGCCUCAACGACUCCACGUACGACAAAGUUGGACGUUCGCACAUCCGCGCGCUGGCUGAUUAUGCCAUGAGGAUGAUGGACCAGAUGAAAUACAUCAAUGAACACUCCUUUAACAACUUCAAGAUGAAAAUAGGCCUGAACAUUGGUCCGGUGGUUGCCGGGGUAAUCGGAGCCAGGAAGCCUCAGUACGACAUCUGGGGGAACACGGUGAACGUAGCAAGUCGCAUGGACAGCACAGGCGUCCCAGAGAGGAUUCAGGUGACCACAGAUCUUUACCACGUACUGAGCUCGUAUAACUACACACUGGAAUACAGAGGCGUCGUUACCGUCAAAGGCAAAGGAGAGAUGAUGACGUAUUUUCUCACUGGUGGACCGCCCAGCAGUUAACCUUUACUCAGUGACAGACGCAUGCAAAAGUUGUGCAACCUUUCAUCUAACGA